AUGGAGUAUUUUUGCUGCAAUCAUUUCAUUUUACAGCAGUUGGGAUUACGAUUAGGGAUGUGGUACUGGAAAGAUGAAACCAGAACUCUUGAAUUCAGAAGUUUUACACCUGCAGUAGAACUCAAAGAAAGAGGAAAGAAAGGCAAAGCAGUUCACUUUGCUGAAAUUGAUGGUCCAGCUUCAGACAGGUUGACAGAUAAAAGGUUUGCUUUAAGAGAGGAUAAGUCACCCAAAGGCUUAAAGAAACGAAGUCAGCAGGGCAGCAUUACACUCCACGAUGCUAAAUUUGUUGCUUUGCUUUUGCUACAAGAUACUGAGAUGCAGAAUAUCUGUUCUUUUACAACAUUUAUGAGGAAUAAGAAUCUUGACAAUUUCCUCAUGGCAUUGUUGUACUAUUUAUAUUAUUACUUGGAAAAAAUCUCACAGGAAAAGAAACCCAAAAGCUGUGUGGUGGGCCUUGUAGAGAAAAAAGAGAUGGAAUUGGUUAUCAGUAAGUUAGAAGCAGCACAGAAAUACUUGGCACAGAAGUACUGUGUCCUCAUCCUGGGCUUGGGAAUGCCUGAAAAGCAUCACAUGUGCUGUGGAAAGGGGAAAAUAUCAGAUACACAGAAAGACUGGAAAUUCUUUGAGUCCUUUUAUACUUUCUGUACGUAUGUAGCCUGGAUUGUCUUCCGACGUCAACACUUCACAGAGAUUGAGGAAGAAAUAGGGAGGCUCUUUCGUUCCGACAUGUUCAACAUUCCUCGAAGGAAGCGCGAGGAUGAAGAGUCAGGAGGGGAAAAGAAACGCAUGACUUUUGUACAAUUCAGGAGAAUGAUGGCAAAGCGCCCAGCUAUGAAAAAAGCCAUUAACAUGCGCUCUCCAGUCAUGUCUACUCUGCUGCCCUCUCUCAGAGAAAAAGCUCAGAAUAUCUCUGAGAAAAAGUACCGUCAAGUAGGCAUGAAAUUCCCAGCCCGGAUGCAAGAGCACGAGGAAAAUCUGGACUCUGUGCACAUGCCAAUAGUUGGCAUCCUGGGGGAGCCUCGAUGUCAGUUCAACCCCCAUACCCUUAUCCCCCUUGAUACAGAAGAAAGCAUGAAGUCUGGGAGACAGUCUUCCGUGAUAGAAAGAAAUAACAUGAGGAUUCAGGAUACACUGGACUUAGUCAUGAGAACGCUGUCCUCUCAAACAACAUUCCCUAAAUAA